AUGAGCUACCCCAUCACCUCGGUGCGCUCUGCCUUUGAGCUCACCGGCAAGACCUUCAUUGUCACCGGGGGCGCCCAGGGCAUCGGGUUCGCCCUCGCCCACGCCAUCUGCGAGAUGGGCGGCAACGUCGCCAUCUGGGACAUCCAGCCGUCCCCCGCCAACCCGGACGCCUACGCCGCGCUCUCCUCCCAGUUUGGCGCCAAGACCGUCUACAUCCAGAGCGACGUGUCCAAGCAAGGGGGUAUCAUGGACGCGUUCGACAAGACGAUCCAGGAGUUCGGGACGGUGGAUGGCGUGGUCCCGGCAGCAGGCAUCGCCAUUGACAAGCCCUUUAUCGAGCAGACCUGGGACGAGUACAACCGCAUCCAGGACAUCAACGUGCGCGGCACCUUUUUCACCGUCCAGCUCGUCGCCAAGCACCUCAUCGAGCGCAAGAAGAAGGGCAGCAUCCUCCUCAUCGCCUCGCAGUCCGCCCACAUCGCCCUGCCAGGGUACCGCAUGGCCGCCUACAACGCGUCCAAAGGCGCCGUCGCCAUGCUCAACAAGGUGCUUGGUGUCGAGCUCGCCCCGCACGGCAUCCGCGUCAACAGCAUCUCGCCCGGCUUCGUCGACUCGGACAUGACGCGCAACGUCCGCGAGAGCAAGAGCAAGCGCGAGGGCGAGCAGAUGUGGAUGGCGCCCCCGAAUCAGCGACUCAGCACACAGAACGACCUCACCGGCGCCGCCGUCUACCUUCUCAGCGACGCGAGCGUGCACACGACGAGCGCGGACAUUGCCAUCACCGGCGGCCUGCACGCGGGCACCAUUGAUGGGCUGAUUAGCUACGAGGCGCCAGGGGCGAAAUGA